CAACAGUAACAGUAACAGUCAAGAGAGGGUGGAGGGCUUCCGACUGCGGGAGGUCGAGGGGGCCAAGCUCGCUCAGCGUCGCAAACUUCAUAAGCGCUCGAUGUCGAGUUCCGUCUCCUCAUCGGCCUCGACAACUUCCUCGAGCCUCUCGGUGCAGCUUCUACGACCCCCGAGCAGCACGACGACGAUCAACACCAACACGUCACGCGGCACCUCGAACUCGCCCGCCCAGCCCUCGGCCUUUGACUUUGGCGAGGACAAGGUCAACGCCUAUCUCUCGUCCCUCUCCUCCUCCUCGGACUCGAACUCAUCGCCGAGGGUCGUCCUCGCGCUCGCCUCCAGACCCACCGACGCAGGAGCGGACGUGCGAAGACCGAGGGACCGCAAGAAGGAGAUCAUAGACGUAUGUGGGAGCGGCGGCAGCGGAGGCGGCGCAGCAGGACCGGUGACGAGGGCGCGGAAACGCAAGCUCGAGCAAACGACGACGAGCACUUGGAGCGACUCGGACAGCUCGGCGGAGAACGCGGAGACGGUGCGCUACCCCAAGCGAGAGGCCAACUUACACAGAAAACAGAAGGCCGGAAAGCGGCCCAAGCGUCUCGCCACCAUCAUCGUCGAGUAAUAAAUACCUUUUCCCCCGCUGUUCAUCUGCUUUUAAGCACCACAGCUCCUCGUCUGUCGUUCUCCAUAUCCCUUACUACUUACAUACUCACCAUCCUCAUCCUUCUUCAACUCGAGCUCCAACAUCUUCCCCAUCCUCAUCCUCGUCCUCGUCCA